AUGUUCUUGUUGAUAUACAGGGGGCUGGGAUCUUCAGCUAGCAGACCUCGUGAAGACAGCUGGUUAAAAUCGCUGUUUGUUCGCAAAGUCGAUCCAAGGAAAGAUGCUCACUCCAACCUUCUCGCCAAAAGAGAGACCAGCAGCCUGUAUAAACUACAGAUUCACAAUGUAAAACCUGAAUGUCUAGACGCCUACAACAAGCUUUGUCAAGAGGUGCUGCCAAAGAUUCAUGAAGAAAAACACUACCCAUGUGCACUGGUGGGGACUUGGAACACGUGGUACGGAGAGCAAGAUCAGGCUGUUCAUCUGUGGAGGUACGAGGGAGGCUAUCCAGCUCUCAAUGAGGUCAUGAGUAAACUCCGUCAAAAUAAGGAAUUCACAGAGUUUCGUAAAGAAAGAGGUAACAUGCUCCUGUCACGCAAGAACCAGUUGUUGUUGGAGUUCAGUUUCUGGAAUGAACCUGUACCCAGAGAAGGGCCUAACAUUUAUGAACUGAGAUCCUAUCAACUUAGGCCUGGAACGAUGAUUGAGUGGGGAAAUUACUGGGCUCGUGCCAUUCGUUUCCGACAGGAUAAUAAUGAAGCGGUUGGAGGGUUUUUCUCACAGAUUGGACAGCUGUAUAUGGUUCAUCACCUCUGGGCUUACAAAGAUCUCCAAAGCAGAGAAGAUAUAAGGAACGCUGCGUGGCAUAAACCUGGCUGGGAUGAACUUGUCUAUUACACAGUGCCCCUUAUUCAGGAAAUGGAGUCCAGAAUCAUGAUACCAUUGAAGAUUUCUCCGCUUCAGUAAAGUCCCUGAUUUACUCGUGCCUACAUAUAUAAAGUGACAAGUAUUUGUCUUAAAUUAAUUUAUGGUAUACAUUGUAUAUCAUAGUCUGAAGUAUAAAAGUACUGUAUUGAGCUUAUAAAGGAGACCUCUUUUCUUCAGA